AUGGAAAACCUGCUAUUCUGUUUAAUAUUUUUCACCUUGGGAUGGAUCUUUAUUGAUGGAUCUGACAUGGAACAGGAUUUCACAUGGCAUUUGAAAAAAUUACCCCAUGUUGUCAGUGAAAGAACUUUCCAUCUCACAAGUCCUACAUUUGAAGCAAAGUCUAAAAUGUUGUUGAAUAGAGUGUGUGGCAUAGAGUGCCACAAAAAACUGCCAGCACCCAAUCUAUCUGAUUUAGAAAAUUCUCUGUCCUUUGAGACUAUCUUUGAAAAUGGCACCCGGACCUUAACCACAGUGAAAGUGAAAGAUCUGGUCCUUUCUUCUACUCAGAAUAUCACUUCUAAAGGAGUGUCUGUUAGGGGAAAGAGGCAGGUGUAUGGCACUGAUAGCAGGUUUAGCAUCUUGGACAAAAGAUUCUUAGCCAAUUUCCCAUUCAAUACUGCUGUGAAGAUCUCCAUGAAUUGCAGUGGUGUUCUCAUCUCCCCCAAUCAUGUUUUAACAGCUGCUCACUGUGUUCACGAUGGAAGGAAUUAUAUCAAAGGGAGUAAGAAGCUAAGAGUAGGAUUGUUGAAGAUGAGAAAAAAAAAUGUCAAGAGACAGAGGGGCAGGAGAGAAGUUGAUGUUAAUGGAAGUCAAAGAAAGGGUGCCAGAAAGAAUCUUAGAAAGCGAAUCAAGGUGGGAAAGAGAAGAAAAGAAUCUGCUCGGGGUCACGCAGUCACAGAUGGGAGGCCCUCCUUCCAGUGGAUCCAGGUCAAGAAAACACAUAUCCCCAAAGGCUGGACUAGAGGAGUGAGAGAUGAUACUUCCUUGGACUAUGAUUAUGCUCUUCUGGAACUGAAACGUGCUCACAAAAAGAAAUACAUGGAACUAGGCGUCAGUCCAACCAUCAAGAAGUUGCCGGGUGGAAUGAUCCACUUCUCAGGAUUUGAUCAUGAUAGGGCAGAUCAGUUAGUCUACCGGUUCUGCAGAGUGUCUGAUGAGUCCAAUGAUCUCCUCUAUCAAUACUGUGAUGCUGAGUCUGGCUCAGUUGGCUCUGGGGUCUAUCUGCGCCUGAGAGAUCCAGGAACAAAGAAGUGGAAGCGCAAGAUCAUCGCAGUCUAUUCAGGUCACCAGUGGAUGGAUGUUCAUGGACUUCAGAAGGACUACAAUGUGGCAGUUCGCAUAACUCCUCUCAAGUAUGCUCAGAUUUGCCUCUGGAUCCACGGAAACGAUGGCAAUUGUACUUACGGCUAA